UGACGAGAAAUCACAGAGAGGAGCAGAUGGAAUCAGCCUUAUAUUACAAUUCGUCCCUCUUUGCUCCGAAGCUAAUACAGAAAACCAAACCUGCCGACUAAUUUCGUGAAAGGGGACUCAGAAAGGUUUACCAUCUCAAAGCACCAAGUCCGGCAAGAUUUUGUCCUUCCUGGCCUGUCAGUCAAAAUGAAACUCACAAUCCUUGCUGUCAUCCUUCCUCUUCUGGCCGCAGCAGCGCCAGGUCUCGAAGCCCGACAAUCAGAGCCGCCAUAUCUACCAAAGAUCAAAGUGAUGGCCUCCCGCUCCGGCUCUCCGAUCCACUCUCUACCAAUGAAUGCUGCAGGCCGUGCGUUCUGGCUAGGAGGCACUACCCAAAGCUACUGUCCGAUACAGGUCGGUGACAACUGCCCUCCCGGUAACGAGACCGUGAUCGCGGGCUUGAGCUCCAUGUAUGUGCUUGUCCCAGGCGGCCAGCAGAUGUAUGUUGAGCCAAGUGGUGCCGUUGGUUUCACGCAAGCACAUUCGACAUAUAUCCCGCCUGGCUCCUAUAUCGGCGGGUUCACGUACGAACCCAGAGGAGAGCACGGUAUAUAUUCUUUCACCGGGUGGGGUGCCGAUGGUUUCAUGGGGUGUCCGGACCCGGAGGUAGGCUUUCAUCAAGUCUACGCGAAUAUUCAAAAUGCAUCUGUCCCAACAGGGGAUAUUAAAGACUGCCUGCCGUUUGUCGCGCUGGCCAUCACAUAUCCCGGCAAUAACCCGGCUGCUUGGCAAUAUGUUUAGACGAUUAAGGUCGAGGUAAAAAAGCCAGCUGUUUCGAAGAAAGCGCUCCGGGGUUCGAUCAUAUGCUGCCAUUUCAAUUACACCGGGACGGCAGUUCAACACAGGCUAUAUGGAGCCAUGCGCAAGUGGGGUGAAGCGGUAUUUCGUUGAGUAGGCUCAUGCUGCCUUUUAUUGCAUUU